AUGGACUCUGCUAGUGGUGGUUGUGAUGAAGGUUAUUCCAUAGACAUUGGUGUAGAAGGCAGUGCAUGUGAUAUGGAAAUAUCUCCUGGCAUGACUAAGUAUUGGCGUCCAAAUUGUGCUGAAAGUUUGAAGCCUCACGUUGGGCAACAGUUUGUUUCCUUGGAUACUGCUUUUGGUUUUUAUAAACAAUAUGCUGGCUCCGUGGGUUUUGAUUGUAGGCAGAGCACAACUCGGAAGGGUAGGGAUGGUGGUGUUGUUUUGAAGCAGGUUAAUCGUAAUCUUGAUGCUGGCCAUCAACUUUUUGUUGCAAGUUGUGUUCGAGCAAACAUUGGUCCUACUCGGUCGUAUAGGUUGUUUAAGGAGAUUGUUGGUGAGUAUUCUAAUGUUGGGGCUACAGGUGUGGACUUUAAAACCUUCAAACGUGAUUUGAUGGCGUACAUUUUAAAUGGUGAUGCUCAAAUGUUCAUAGAUACAUUGUUUAAAAGGCGUGAAUUGUGUGAAGCAUUUGGUUUUGAAUACGAUGUUGAUGAGGGUGAUCAGCUUUCAAGGGUUUUCUUGGCGGACGCAGUAUCUAGGAAGAAUUUUUCUUUGUUUGGUGAUGUUGUUUCGUUUGAUGCUACAUACCGUACUAACAGGUAUAAUUUGGUUUUUGUCCCAUUUACUGGCAUUGAUAAUCAUAAGAGAUGUAUCACCUUUGGUGCUGGGUUGCUUACGAAGGAAGACAUAGACUCAUACGUUUGGCUUUUGGAGAGCUUUAAGAAAACAAUGGGCCAUGAUCCUAUUUGUGUUGUUACAAAUCAAGAUCCAGCUGUGAAGGUUGCUAUUGCUCAAGUGUUUGGUGCCUCAAAACAUAGAUUUUGUAUGUGGCAUAUAAUGUGUAAGGUGGGAGAGAAGGUUGGACCAGUUUUAUCAAAAGAUGAGGUGUUUAGGAGGAAGUUGAAUGGCAUUGUUUGGGAUAAUUCACUUGAUCCCAAUGCCUUUGAGUUGCGAUUGAAUCAUAUUAUGGAGGAAUAUGGGUUGGGUGAUAAUGGUUGGUUUCGUUACUUGUUUGAGUCCCGUACAUUUUGGGCACCUCCAUACUUUCAUGAUUUUGAGUCCCGUACAUUUUGGGCACCUCCAUACUUUCAUGAUGAUUUUAUGGCCGGUUUAGUUAGGACUCCAUACUUUCAUGAUGAUUUUAUGGCCGGUUUAGUUAGGACAACGUCUAGAUCGGAGUCUCAAAAUAGUUUUUUUGGCAGUUUCUCUAAUGGACAUUCUAGUUUGGUUGAGUUUCUAGUGCACUAUGACACUGCUAUUGGUGCACAGCGGCAUGCCCAACCAAAAUUGAAUGCUGAUUGUGAAGCUUGUGUUUCAGUUUUGAAGACACCAUUGGCGUUGGAGCAGCAUGCCAGGUAUUUGGUGCAUCGGUGGACAAAGGGUGCAUGUUUGCACCCAAUGUUUCAUAUUGAUGGUACACUUGUUGAUCAAUCUGCUAAAGUGGAGAAUGUUAGGGUGCUUACCAAUCUUAUGUGGUCUGAUAUUUAUGCUUGUGUGGGGUUGGCUGAUGGUAAUAUUGACCGUUUGUCACAGUUACGACGUGUUAUUAAUGAGCAAAGGCAAAUAUUUCUACAGGAUGGGAGUGAGAAUGGGAAUGGGGUUGCUGUUGGUAGCAAGCAAAGUGUGAUUAAUUCGUUUUGUGGAGAUGUGUCUAUGGGUUCGACAGUAGAUGUGCAUGACCCUGUCCAAGCUAAGAACAAGGGUAGUGGUAAGCGCUUGAAGAGCGCAAGGGAAAGAGUUGCAAGCAAGUGUGCAAAGCAAUCAAGGAGAUGCCACAGUUGUGAUGAAUAUGGCCAUAAUAGUAGGACAUGCCCUUUAAAUACUUGA